AUGGAAAUGAAUAUUUCAAGUUACGAAGCAAAUAAUGAUCAACAACCAGAUCCAAGAAUCAUAAUUACUAAUUUCUUCGGUACAUGGAUACAAACAACAUUAACGUCAAGACCAGAAAUCAUACACCAAUGGAUCCACCAUUAUUGGCAAGUUUACGGAAUGCUGUUUGGAAAUCGACUCAUUGUUGGAGCCGGUGUUCAAUGGAGACCAUCAAAUCACAGGGCGGAUACAUUACAACUCUGCAUCGGUACACGCUGUUUACUGAUUCAAUUGUCUCAUACUCCUUAUAUUCCUGAUAUACUUCGUUGGUUCCUUGUUGAUGUCAAUAUUCAUUUUGUUGGGAUUCGGAAUCGUUUUGAUGCAGAGAGACUUCGGAUCAGUGAUCAUGAGUUGUUGAUUUCGAAUCUGAUUAAUAUAGGUGAUUUUAUUGAUAUUGGCCUUCCUGGUCUUCGUGGAGAUCCAUCGGUUGGGAGGAGUAAUUGGAGUGCUGAACAUCUUACUAUUGAUCAAGUUCAGUAUGCUGUUGUUGAUGCUUAUGUCUCUUUUGAACUUGGAAGGACUGAGAGGAUUUGGGAAGUUCUGAAUUUUUUGCGGAUUUACUGA